GAAUAUCCAUGUUUUGUUUUAAGUGGAUAUUUAUUUAAAAAGAUUCUCUUCGGUAACGCCGUUAUUCUGAAUAGAUUCUUAUAUGUGCCCUCAUGAUGAGAACAUUCAGCAGGUGAUGGGGUCGAGGAAGCCCGGGAUGGAGGAGCCUCAAGGAAGGAUUGGGGUCGAGGAACUUGCCUCUUUACUUGGUACGCGAGAUUGGGAGCGAGACAACCUGCCCAAGAUUGAGAUCGACUUCUUUAAGGGUUAUUAUGUCUCUGACUUCCUCGAAAAGUUUGGGCAGAUAGCAGCUCAUUGCAGAUGGAAUGAGAAGCAGAUGCUGAAGGAGGUUGUAAAGUAUAUCCAUGUAAGCGUGCAGGGGGAAGUUAGAGGGUUGAUUAGAAGGGCAGGGACGUCAUGGAACAAGUUUUAUGAUGACGUGUGGAAUAAAUACCGGCUAGGUGAGGAACAGCUGACCAAAGACGAUGUUGAGAAGAUAGACCGGUAUAGUUAUGUGUCAGUAGGGCACUUCCUGACAGAGUAUAAGCGCGCAUCACGAAAGGUCUGGGCACUGUCAGAACAUGACAAAUGCUUUGUCUUCCUCAUGAACUUCACGAAUGCAGAACAACGAGAUUUGAUUCAUGGGACAGAGGGGAGACUAGUAUGGGAUAAGAUCCGCGAGAACCUUGAACAGGAGGAUUUCGACCAGUACCUCUGUCAUACCCUGUGGGAAGCGAGGAAAAGAAGGAAGGCGUUGGAUAGUGGAAAGAGUGAGCUUGAAAAGAGGUUGAAUGAUCCUGUAAUAGGCACCUCUGAUGCUAAGAAAGAUGGACCUCAGAAGGACGCUGAGAUCGUCAGGCGAAAUCACAGGUGGAGCAGAGAGAAGAAAAGUGAGUCGGGAGGUGAGAGAAAAGGGAUACUGGCUAAAGUAAGAGUGGUUGUGACCCAUACCUAUGAGAGGACGCUUGACGCUCCAGACGAGAAGGGAAUAGAGGAGCAAAGAGUUCAGGGAGAAGUUGCUAUAACCCUGCCGCACACUGCAGUUGAUCCUAAUAAGGAGUGUGGUGAUAAGGAAACAUCGUCAGCUGUAAGUCGAGCUGGACGAAGGAAUAAAAGAGGGCGAGAACGGUAGGCGAGGAUAGUAUGUGCUUGCUGUGGGAAGACUGGUCAUACCCCUCGCAGAUGCAAGAUGGCGAAGAAAGGAAUUUAGGGGUAAGGCUCUCUGCCUAGAUGAGAAUGGAUUCAUCGAUCUUAAGUGACUAAUAGAUAGACUCUCGAAAGGUCAUGACAGCGCGGUAGGCUCGAUUGAUAGGACAAAUGAGCGAUUAUCUGCUUAUUUUGCUUUUGUUUCCAAAC